AUGGAUGUUGAUAAUUUCAUUGAUAAUAGUCCUCUAAUGUCAAUUGCAUCUAGUCCUACAUUAAAACUUAUAUCAGAAAAUGAUGAUAAUGAAAGAGAGGAGGAAGAAUUUAAUAAUCUAGACCGCAAUGACAAUACUUAUUUAAAUGUUGAUGAAAAUAGUAUCAUUGAAAGUUGUAAUGCAAGUACAUGUGGGGAUGAAUAUAAGGAAGAAGAAGAAGAAACCAUAGUUGAGGAAGAAGAAAUACAAUCGGAUGAUGAUGAUGGCGCUGGUUCACCUACUACAAGUACUAAAGGAGAUAUUCUUAAUCAAUUAUUAUCCGCACCAAUUUCAAAUUCUUCUUUUAAGCAUAUAAGAUUAAAUCCUCAAGAUUUACAUUUUAAUAGUAGAUUAUCACCCAAUCAUUUAUAUCCUCAAUCAUCUUCUUCAUCAUCAAAUACAACAAGUCCAAAUAACAAAUUAAUUGUACUUGCUAAUAAUAAUAAGCAUAAUUCUCAAUCAUCAACACCAAUGUCAUUUAUGAAAUCAAGUUCAAUAUAUUCAAAACCAACAUCAAAUGCAACUUCAAGAGCAAAAAGAUCUUCAUCACUCUCAACUCCAACUCAAUUAAAUAAUCAUCAAUUAUUAGAUAAACAUUCACCUCCACCUCAUCAUCCUCAUUCUAUGAAUAUGAAUAAUACAAUGAAUAAUUCAAAUAAUUCAUAUAAUAAUAAUAAUUAA